AAAAUAGAAAAAUCAAAUUAUCCCCUGAAACUUCCACAAGAAGGAGAAAACCAUUUCCCCCCAAAUUCUCAUCCUAAAACCCCCAAAGUAAACCCUUGCUCCCAGACGGUUGCUGCCGGAUUCCUCCGUUGUCAGUCAGUCGGCCGCUAGGUUUAAUGGAUAUUGAUCCUGAUGAUGUUUUCCGAGACGAUGAAGACGAUCCUGAAAAUGAUCUGCUUCAGGAUAGACAGUCAAGCAAAGAACUAGUGGUCUUCUUGGUGGAUGCUUCACCCAAAAUGUUCAACAUCACUUGUCCAGGGGAAGAUCAAGAGAACACGUCUCAUUUUCAUGUUGCUGUCAGUUGCAUUGCACAGUCUUUAAAAGUUCAGAUCAUCAACAGGCCAUAUGAUGAAAUUGCAAUAUGUUUCUUCAAUACCAGAGAGAAGAAAAAUCUGCAAGAUCUUAAUGGUGUUUAUGUAUUUAACGUUGCUGAGAGAGAAUAUCUGGACAGCCUUACAGCGCGGUUCAUAAAAGAAUUUGAUCGUGUAGAAGAAUCCUUCAGUAAAGUUAUCGGGAGUCAGUAUGGUAUUGUUCCUGGAUCUAGGGAUAAUUCUUUGUACAAUGCAAUCUGGGUUGCACAAGCACUAUUGCGUAAAGGAUCUGCUAAAACAGCUGAUAAACGCAUCUUGUUGCUUACAAAUGAAGAUGACCCGUUUGGAAGUAUCAAAGGAGUGACAAAACUAGACAUGACUAGAACCACAUUGCAGCGGGCUAAGGAUGCACAAGACCUUGGAAUUGCCAUUGAACUUCUUCCUUUAAGUAGGCCAAAUGAAGAAUUUAACGUCUCACUUUUUUAUGCUGAUUUGAUCGGAUUAGAUGGUGAUGAGCUUGCUCAGUUUAUGCCAUUGGCUGGAGAAAGAUUUGAAGACAUGAAUAAACAAUUAAGAAAACGAAUGUUCAAGAAGCGCAGAGUUCGUAGGAUCAGUUUUAUGAUUCCAGGUGGAUUAUCAAUUGAACUCAAUACAUACGCUCUCAUUCGUCCCAGUAUUCCAGGAAAAGUUACAUGGCUCGAUUCCGUCACUAAUCUUCCUCUAAAGGCUGAAAGAUCACUUAUUUGUGCUGACACUGGAGCAAUUGUGAAAGAAGCUAAUAAGCGUUUUCAAACUUACAAGAAUAAGGAUAUCACGUUUACCACAGACGAGCUGUCGGAAAUCAAGAGAGUAUCAACAGGAAAUCUACGGCUUUUAGGGUUCAAGCCGCUAAGUUGCUUGAAGGAUUAUCACAACUUGAAGCCGUCACUAUUUGUCUGCCCUAGUGAUGAGGAAGUCAUGGGAAGCACAUGCAUUUUCAUUGCUCUUUACAGAUCUAUGAUACGCCUCAAACGUUUUGCAGUUGCGUUUUACGGGAGUUCAUCUCGACCUCAGUUGGUUGCUCUGGUUGCGCAAGAAGAAAUCAUUGACGGUGGUGGUCAGAUUGAGCCGCCAGGAAUGCACAUUAUAUAUCUUCCGUAUUCAGAUGACAUAAGACCCAUUGAAGAGCUUCACGCAGAUACUAGUGGCGUGCCUUUGGCCACUGAUGAUCAAAUCCAAAAGGCUGCUGCUUUGGUCAAACGUGUUGACUUAAAAGAUUUCUCUGUCUGCCAAUUCUCCAAUCCCGCACUGCAGAGCCACUAUGCGCUAGUACAAGCUAUGGCCCUUGAUGAAGAUGAGAUGCCUGAAAUCAUUGAUGAAACUCUUCCAGAUGAAGAAGGCAUGGCUAGGCCAGGGAUUGCCAAAGCAUUGGAAGAAUUCAAGAUUUGUGUGUACGGAGAAAACUACGAAGAAGAAGAUGAAAAGGCAAAUAAUGUUGGCAAGAAGAGGAAACAAAUUACCGAAGAAGCGGUUAACAAGGCUUCAUAUUAUGAUUGGGGCAAACUUGCUGAUGAUGGAAAGUUGAAGGAUUUGACUGUACAAGAGCUGAAGACCUACCUAACAGCGAAUAAGCUUACUGUUGCUGGGAAAAAAGAAGUUUUGAUCAAUAGGAUCUUAACCCACAUGGGUAAAUGACACGUCAGCAUGUCUUCUUGUGUGAUCCUUAACUGUGUUUUUUGCGGGUGCGGAUGAAGCUGAUUGUUAUGAUCUUGUGUAACGUACAGAAACCGACGGACUUUUGGUAUUGAAUUUAUAUUUUGUUCCGACUUGUAGGAUUGACAAAGGUCGAGAAUAGGAAAAAGUUUAGUAUUUUGCAUGGCAUUGUGGUGAUAACCUAUUUGAAAUGCUUACUUUUGGAAACCUUUAUAUAUCCGUUUAA